ACAAACCAACAUAACGAACCGUGCACUGCCGGGUAUACCUCUCAACAACGCUGGCGUGACUGCGGAUAACAGACUAAAGGCAACUACCUCAGUAAAUCUCACAAACAAACAAAAAUGGCGUCGGUGUCGGUGACGCCACCAGUUUCAUGCCACUACCGCCAUAACCAACCUCCUCCAACUUACUCAACCAAACGCUCUCAUAACUCAAUCCCCCCACCAAAAGCCCCUCUACCUUUCUCCACCGCACAAACCCAGAAACCAACAAACUCUCUGCAACUCCAACAACCUUUUCUCCAACACAUAACCAACCUCUGCGAAUCCGGGAAUCUCCCCGAAGCUCUAGCCUUCCUCCAAAACGACUCUCAAAAUGUCAGCGUUUCAGCUCCGGAGAGGAAAGACGCCAUUGGGGUCUUGUUACAAGUCUGUGGGAGACACAAAGACAUCGAAAUCGGACGCAAAGUUCAUCACAUGAUUCUGGAAUUGACCCAGUUUCGCAAUGACUUCGUUCUCAACACCCGUCUCAUCACCAUGUACUCCUUGUGCGGGUCUCCUUUGGAUUCCCGUUCCGUCUUCGAUGGACUCGAGAGGAACAACUUGUUUAUGUGGAAUGCCCUCGUUAGCGCGUACGCUAGAAAUGAGCUUUAUCAUGAUGCGGUGAAAACGUUUGUUGGGUUGGUUUCGGAGACUGAAUUUCAACCCGAUAGUUUCACUUUGCCUUGUGUGAUUAAGGCCUGUUCGGGGCUUUUGGACGUCGGGUUGGGGCGGGAGGUUCAUGGGAUGGCGGUGAAGAUGGCGCUGGUGUCGGAUGUUUUUGUGGGCAAUGCGCUGGUUGGGAUGUAUGGGAAGUGCGGGUUUUUGGAGGACGCGGUUCGUGUGUUCGAGAAAAUGCCUGAGAGGAACUUGGUUUCUUGGAACUCGAUGAUUCGCGGGUUCUCGGAGAAUGGUUUGUGUAUAGAGAGUUAUGGCUUGUUGAGGGAGAUUUUGGUGGUGGGUUUGCUGCCGGAUGAUGCUACCGUAGUGACUUUGUUACCAGUGUGCGCUGCUGAGGGGGAUAUAGAUAUGGGAAUCGCGAUUCAUGCUUUGGUGGUGAAGUUGGGGCUGAGUGAGGAGUUGAUGGUGAGCAAUGCCUUGAUGGACAUGUAUGCAAAGUGUGGAUACUUAUCAGAUGCCGUAUUUCUAUUUGGUAAGAACAAUAAUAGAAAUGUGGUUACGUGGAAUUCCAUGAUUGGAGGUUUCUCUAGGGAAGGGGAUGUUAGUGGAACAUUUGAUCUUCUGCGGAGAAUGCAGAUGGAAGAAGACGAGAAUGUGAAAGUGAACGAGGUCACGAUACUGAAUGUGUUGCCAGCUUGUUUAGAGGAGGAUGAGCUGGUGAGCUUGAAGGAAAUUCAUGGUUAUUCAUUCAAACAUGGUUUUCACGAUGAUGAAUUGGUUGCAAAUGCUUUUGUUUCAGCCUACACGAAGUGCGGAUCACUGCAUUAUGCUCAACAUGUGUUUUUUGGCAUAGAGAAAAAGACAGUGAGCUCUUUUAAUGCUCUAAUUGGCGGAUUGGCACAGAAUGGUGAUCCAAGGAUGGCUUUAGACUUUUACUUUGAAAUGAAAGAUUCAGGCUUGGAUCCUGACUAUUUUAGCAUCGGUAGCCUUUUUUUAGCUUGUGCCCAUUUGAAACUUCUGCAGUAUGGCAAGCAGAUCCACGCAUGCGUACUACGUAAUGGGUUAGAAAGGGAUUCAUUCAUUGCUAUCUCUCUGAUAUCUCUUUACAUUCAUUGUGGUAAGAUAUUUUCUGCAUGUGAGUUAUUCUACAGAAUGGAAGGCAAAAGUUUAGUAUGUUGGAAUACAAUGCUUUCUGGUUACUCUCAGCUUGGACUUCCUGAUGAAGCUCUUCAUCUCUUUCGUGAAAUGAUUUCCGAUGGAGUCCGACCUUAUGAGAUUGCCAUUACAAGUGUGUUUGAGGCCUGUUCACAACUGUCAGCCUUGCGUCUGGGAAAAGAACUACAUUGCUUUGCUUUGAAAGCUAACCUUGUAGACGACAUGUUCGUUGAAUGUUCUGUCUUAGACAUGUAUGCAAAAAGUGGCUGCAUGGAACAGGCUCAAACAGUUUUCGAUAAUUUGAAGGAUAAAGACCUAGCAUUGUGGAAUGUUGUAAUUGCAGGACAUGGAAUCAACGGAAAUGCGAACAAGGUGUUGGAGCUAUUUGAAGAAAUGCAAAGAUUGGGAUUGAAGCCUGAUGGGUUUACAUUUAUUGGAAUUCUGAUGGCGUGCAAUCAUGUGGGGAUGGUUUCUGUGGGGCUAAAAUAUCUCAAUGAGAUGCAGGGUUUGUAUCGAAUAGAACCCAAAUUAGAGCACUAUGCAUGUGCAGUGGACAUGUUAGGUCGAGCGGGCCAAUUGGAGGAAGCUCUGAAGCUUGUAAACGACAUGCCCGAAGAACCAGACACUAGAAUCUGGAGCUCAUUGCUUAGCUCCUGUAGGAGCCACGGCAAUUUGGAAAUGGGAGAGAUAAUUGGUAAGAAGUUGCUAGACUUAGAGCCUGAAAAGGCAGAGAACUAUGUGUUGGUGUCAAAUUUGUAUGCGGGGUCAGAGAAAUGGGAUGAUGUGAAGAGAGUUAGGCAAAGGAUGAAGGCGUUUGGCCUGCAAAAAGACGCCGGUCAGAGCUGGAUUGAACUCGGGGGGAAGGUUUAUAGCUUUCUCGCCGGGGACAAUAUGCAUCCUGAAUAUGUGGAGAUUGCGGAGAUGUGGAAAAGAGUAGAGAAAAAGAUAAGUAAGCUCGGAUAUAAACCGAAUACGAGUUGUGUGCUUCAUGAACUCGAAGAAGAAGAGAAGAUUGAGAAAUUGAGAGGGCACAGUGAGAAGCUUGCUAUAUCUUUCGGAUUGUUGAAGAUGAGUAAAGGGUCGACAAUAAGAGUCUCCAAGAAUCUUCGGAUUUGUUUAGACUGUCACAAUGCAGCCAAGCUCAUAUCAAAGGCUGUUGAAAGGGAGAUAAUAGUGAGAGACAACAAGCGCUUUCACCAUUUUAAACAUGGCAUUUGUUCUUGUUCAGAUUAUUGGUGAAUGAAAAUACCAU